UAGUCGUCACGUCAUAGUAAAAUAUAAAGUUUUUAAAUAUAAAUCUCAUUAAAAAUUCAGUAUAAUAUGUCGGCCGAUAAUAAUUUUGAUUUUAGCCAAUGGGACUUUCCAGUAGAUCGUAUAUGGAUACGUAAACCUAACUGGGAGAUGGCAGUCAAAAUAGGUACUUUUGUGCCCGUCAUUAUAUUUGGAAUUUGUGGCAAUUAUAUAAUUAUACGUUUGAUUAUAUUAAAUCGAUCCCUACGCACACCUACAAAUCUAAUUAUAGCAAAUAUGGCAGUUGCUGACUUCUUGACAUUGUUUAUAUGCCCUGCACUGUUUAUGGUAAAUGAUUUCUAUCAAAAUUAUCAACUAGGUUGUGUGGGCUGUAAGCUGGAAGGUUUUUUAGUAGGUGUUUUUCUAAUCACGGCAGUCUUAAAUUUAUCAGUCGUCAGUUAUGAUCGUCUGACAGCAAUUGUCUUGCCAACAGAAACUCGUUUAUCAAUACGUGGUGUAAAAAUUGUUAUACUUUUAACAUGGAUAGUAGGUAUUGCAGUCGCAUCACCAUUGGCUAUAUAUCGUGGUUAUAGAGUGCGCCAAUGGAAAAAUUUUAAAGAGACCUAUUGCAAAGAAAAUACAACAAUUUUACCCAAAUAUUGGUACUUUCUGAUAACAGUAAUGGUAUGGUUUCCUCUCAUGGUAAUGGUAAUUUGCUAUACAGCUAUUUUUAUUAAGCUUGGUCGAUAUGAAAAACGAGUACUCAACCGUGAGCAUCCCUUGGCAGUUUCGUACAAAAAAACAGUGGCUAAAACCUUGUUUAUUGUAGUCAUCGUUUUUAUAGUUCUGAGAACACCUUUCACAAUUGUUGUCAUACUAAGAGAUAAAGUUAUAAAAAAUUCAAAUACAAUAAACAGCUUAUAUAGUAUAAUUUUCUAUAUAUCACAAUAUUUAAUGUUUCUCAAUGCAGCUGUAAAUCCUAUCAUUUAUGGAUACAAUAAUGACAAUUUCAGACGAGCCUAUGCUCAAACACCGAUAUUUAGUUAUUGGCGAAAAUCCAAAAAUACCAAUCAUUUCAUCAAUCCACAUGAGUCAAGGGCAACAAUCGAUCAAAUUACUUACUAUGAGGACCAAAAUUGCUUUAAGAAAAUAUUUUGCUGUGUGUGUUUUAUGAGAAAUGGAGAAUUUGAGCCUACUGAAGAGAGCAGAGUAAAUGGAGUAUCUAAAACAUUUAAGGAUUCACAUAUCAUGGCUAAUAAAUCGAAAUGCUUAGAGGAGAAUUCGACGUACACACAUCAUAACCUUAAUGAAGGUUUUAUAUAA